AUGGCCUCUUUGGAAAACAAAGUCAUCGCAAUCACCGGUGCUGCCUCAGGUAUUGGGCGAGUUACUGCUAUUGAAUGCGCCAAACGUGGUGCCUCGCUUGCACUAAGUGACAGGGACGAAGCCUCUUUGUCUGGGCUUCUCGGAGAAUUAAAAGCGCAGGGAGUUACAGCCAUCACCACCGUGGUUGACGUGACCAAUUCGGAUCAAGUCGACGGCUGGAUCAAAGAGGCUGUUGCGCACUUUGGGCGACUCGAUGGUGCUGCCAACAUCGCUGGCGUUGUUGGACAACCGGGAGGAAAAGUUUUCGCGAAUAUCACAGAAACUACCAAUGAACAUUGGUCUACCAUUCUGGAUAUAAAUUUGACAGGCCUGUUCUACUGCCUGAGAGCUCAGCUGCGAGUCAUGCAAAGUGGAGGUUCGAUAAUCAAUGUUGCCAGCAUGGCUGGAGUCAUCGGUCGACCAGGGAUUGCCGCAUACAGUUCAAGCAAACAUGGUGUGAUUGGGUUGACAAAAAGUGCUGCUAAAGAGGUCGGCGAGCGAGGUAUAAGAGUCAACGCUUUAGCCCCAGGACCCGUGGACACACCAAUGCUGCAACAAAUUAAAACCGAUGCUGGCACCGGUGACCGCCCGGUCACAGAGACAUACAAGAAUGUGCCACUUCGAAAAAUGGGCACUCCCGAAAAUAUGGCGAAAACCAUUGCAUUUGCUUUGAGCGAUGAUGCAAGUUUCACAACUGGCGCCACUUUCACUGUUGAUGGGGGGAUUACCUGCUGA